UCUUCGUUUUUUCCUGUUCUGCAUACACAAUCCACAGGCGACCGCGGGGCUUCUGAGUUCGCCGUUCCAAGCGCCGCAAUCGAAUUCAUCAGGCAAAGCGAAAACCAAACGAAACCCACCGAGGGAGAUGGGAAGGAUGGAUCUUCUCAAGAAGAAGCGAAAAAACAAGGAGCUACCUCCAAUGAAAAAUGACGAUAGAAAGCUAAAUAAAACGAAGGAGGUCGAAACUAAAAAGGACCAACUUGUAGAGAAGAAGAGAAAACGGAAGAAGGAACUGAGUGUUGGCAUUGUCCAUGGUGUUCAGAUUCCUACUCAAGAUAAUGCAAUUAGAACAGGCAAAAAGAAGAAAGGAGCAAAGUCACCGAGGAAUAAAAGAGUGAAGAAUGUGGAGAAUGACAAUAGUUUGGUGAGCAAGAGUAAUCAAGCAGAAAACGAGACUGGUGAUGGUUUCGACGCAGAAAAUGGUAGGUCAAAGAAAGCUCGGAGAAAGGAAAAGGAGCAGAAUUCUUUGAUGGAAUUGGAAAAGUUGCCAGAAAGAGGAGACGCUGAUCAAACUGAGGUUUUCCAUGUCUCUACAGCAGACGCGGACCCUUUGACAAGAAAGAAAGGCAAGUCAAAGGAAGUGAAGAAAAAGAAAAAGAAGGAUCGCAAUUCAUCAAAAGUGGUGAAGUCACAGGAAACGGAAGGAGGAGCUGAUGAGGAUGAUGUGUAUGUUGUUUCUUCAGGGGAUGAAGACUGCUCCAAAGGAAUGAAAAAAUGGAUCACAGAGUCCCAUCAAAGUAGACCAGGGUUGACAAUUCUGCAACAAAGAAUAGAUGAGUUCAUUACUGCUCAUGAAGAAAAGUUGGAACAGGAGCGAAAAGAAAGAGAAGCUCGUGCUGCUGAAGGCGGAUGGACGGUUGUUACACAUCAUAAAGGAAGGAAAAAGACGACUGAUGCUGAAACCGGAAUGACUGUAGGCUCUGUUGCGCAAGCUGUUGCGGAGGGCAACUUGGCAAAAAAGAAGUCCAAAGAAGUUGGUUUGGAUUUCUACCGAUUUCAAAGGAAAGAAGCCCAGAGGAACGAACUUAUGAUGCUCCAGAGCAAGUUUGAGCAGGACAAAAAGCGGAUACAACAGCUCAGAGCUGCUAGGAAGUUCCGCCCUUACUGAAUUCUAGUACUUUGUAUGAAGGCUUGCCCGGAACUGAAGGAUAUUUUGUCGUCUAAAGUCUACCUGAAUCUUUGCCGUGUUAAAACUUGGCUCCUAGCGUAACAAUUUUGGUUCAUUUUUGUGUUUAUAUUUUUGGAUCUGCCACCUAGAGUAUGUGACACUCUUUACUUAUUUGAGGGACAGCUUUCAUUAGGAAGACCAAUAUAUUCAUUAAAGUUGGCAAU